CCGCGCGUUCACAGCGCACUUGGCAAAGGGAAGGGGGUGCACGCGCUGCGUGAGAGUGCUUGUUUGUGUGACGUUCCCCUCCUGCCAGGCCUUCCCGACGUGCUCCGCCAUGUUGUUGUGGUUGUGAAGAGGAAGGAAGAGCCGGGGACUGACAGCAACCGAGAACGGGGAGGGGUGAGGAGACAGCUGACUUCGGGGGGAGCUCCUCUGGUAUAACCCUGCACGAUCUAGCAAAAAUAAGAUGUAUUGAAGAAUAAUCCCCAUUCCCAUCAGGGACAUUCACUCAUACAGGAGUAUCUGAUUUUGUGGAGAGGCCUCGAAGAAGAGCAGUCUUCCACUGUUGCCUGCCACAUCUGUUCUGGAUAAAACAUGGAUGAUGAAAGUCAGAAUAGCUUAGAGUGUAUUCAAGCCAAUCAGAUUUUCCCACGUAAGCAGCUGAUCCGUGAAGAUGAAAACCUUCAGGUUCCUUUCCAAGAACUUCAUGGAGAGAGCACAGAGUUUGUGGGACGAGCAGAAGAUGCAGUAAUUUCUUUGUCUAAUUAUCGUCUCAACAUCAAGUAUAAAGAGUCUUUUAUCAAUGUUCCUUUGCAGCUGAUGGAAUCAGUUGAGUGCCGGGAUCCCUUCCAAGUCCAUCUGACCUGCAAGGACUGCAAAGUAAUCAGGUGUCAGUUCUCCAACUUUGAGCAGGUCCAAGAAUGGCAAAAGCGUCUCAAUGCAGCCUUACGUCCUCCAAGUCGCAUAGAGGAUCUGUUCUCCUUUGCUUAUCAUGCCUGGUGCAUGGAGGUUUAUGCUAGUGAGAAAGAACAGCAUGGAGACUUGUGUCGCCCAGGUGACCAUGUAAUCUCACGCUUUAAGAAUGAAGUGGAACGGAUGGGCUUUGACAUGGAUAAUGCUUGGAGAAUUUCAAAUAUCAAUGAGAAAUUCAGAUUAUGUGCAAGCUAUCCACAAGAGCUGAUAGUCCCAGCAGCUAUAACAGACAAAGAAUUGGAGAGUGUUGGUAGCUUUCGCGCUUGGAAACGCAUUCCUGCAGUGGUGUACAGGCAUCAGAAUAAUGGUUCUGUUAUCGCUCGCUGUGGCCAGCCGGAGGUCAGCUGGUGGGGCUGGAGGAAUGCAGAUGAUGAACAUCUUAUUCAGUCCAUAGCCAGGGCUUCUGCCUCUGACGGCAGUCGAAGCAGUCCAGACAAAAUGGCCAAUGGUUCGUGCAUACAUAGCAGCGUUAAUGGAGGAGUUCUUUCUGAGGUUGAUUUUGACUCAUCCAUGUCAAAUUCACCCUCAUCGGAAAGCAGCUCUACCCAGCCCCAAAAACUGUUAAUUCUUGAUGCCCGAUCCUAUGCUGCUGCUGUGGCCAAUCGUGCUAAAGGUGGAGGCUGUGAGUGUCCAGAGUAUUAUCCUAACUGUGAAGUUGUGUUCAUGGGCAUGGCCAAUAUUCACUCCAUCCGCAAGAGCUUCCAAUCAUUACGUCUGCUGUGUACACAGAUGCCUGAUCCAGCCAAUUGGCUAUCUGCACUGGAGGGCACAAAGUGGUUGCAGCAUCUUUCCAUGUUACUCAAGUCCUCCCUGCUGGUUUGUAAUGCAUUACAUCGUGAUCAGCGCCCUGUUCUUGUGCACUGUUCAGACGGAUGGGACCGCACUCCACAAAUUGUGGCUCUCUCCAAACUCCUGCUGGAUCCAUAUUACAGGACCAUUGAGGGAUUUCAGGUUUUGGUGGAAACUGAGUGGUUGGACUUCGGGCACAAAUUUGCUGACCGCUGUGGGCAUGGUGAGAACUCUGAAGACCUGAAUGAACGCUGCCCAGUGUUCUUGCAGUGGCUGGACUGUGUUCACCAAUUACAGAGACAAUUUCCUUGUUCUUUAGAGUUCAAUGAGGCUUUUCUGGUGAAAUUGGUACAGCACACCUACUCUUGCCUUUUUGGGACAUUCCUGUGUAACAAUGCCAAGGAAAGAAGUGAGAAACACAUACAAGAGCGCACUUGUUCAGUCUGGUCACUUCUGCGAGCCGGUAACCGUGUUUUCAAGAAUUUGCUGUAUUCCUCUCAGUCAGAAACAGUAUUGUUUCCUGUGUGCCACGUCCGCAAUCUGCUGCUGUGGAGUGCAGUUUACCUUCCUGGCUCAUCUCCAUCCACACCUAGUGAAGAAUCCUGUGUCCCCUACCCAAGUCCUGGUUCUGUCACAGAGGAGCCGCCACAUGGCAGGUUACCGAAGACCAGAUCAUAUGAUGACCUUCCAACGGCUUGUGACUUAACUGUUCCAUGUGUAAACAGACGGAGCAGUGACCCCAGCCUAAAUGAGAAGUGGCAAGAGCAUCGACGUUCUCUGGAGUUAAAUGGCUUAGCAAACUCUGCAGAAGGGCAGGAAGGGGAGAGACUCCCUCUGGGGGCACAUCUUUCCAUGGCAGCUGGUGUUGGGGAAGGGCAAAUGGAAAACAUUUUACAGGAAGCCACCAAGGAAGAAGGAGGGGGGGAAGAGCAGGCAGGAAAAUUGGUAAAUGGGGCAGUAGACCGGUAUAUAGAAAAAUCGGAAAAAGCACAGGAAGAGCCAGAGAAAGCAGAGAAGGGGGCCCCAUACUUAAAUGGUGACACAGUAAGGGGGGAAAUGGAUGGGGAACAAGAGAGUGUCGGUCUGAUGCCAGGUCAGUUAUGUGCCGAAACUGACCACCCAGAGCAUGGAACUGACACAUUUGAGCAGUCUGUGAAAGAGUUGUGUGCUAAUCAGGUAUGUGAGCCUGAGGAAUCACAGAAUCAGACUGCUGAGGAAUCGUCCUCUGAGCCAGAGGAUAAUGAGCAAUGUGAUAUAAGAGGGAAUGAAAAGCUCCAGAGUAGUCCCACAGAUUCUCCUAACAAUAUCUCAUCACACCUUGUACUUGAAGGCUCCACAGAAACUUUAACAGAUGAUCAUUCACCUCCCUGGUCCAGCAAGCUGGACCAUGUGACUGCAGCAAAUGAACUUGCACAGAAACCAGAACCUGUAUCUGAUGAGGGCAUCGUUAUGAUGGGCUUGUGUGGGCUUCAAAAUGAAAGGACGUGUUCUCCUUUUCCCCCUAUCCAUAGUGCCUUUCCCCCUUCUGAAUCCAAUGCACAGACUGUAUGGAAUAGGGACCAAUCCUCACCUCCUAUUCUUGAUGGACCAUGUCUUAGUGUGGACAAUCAUCUGGGAAAGCAAACCUUGUCACGUCAGAGUUCUUGUUCAAACAACCCCCAAAUCCACCUCAGAAACACACCGCACAAGUGCCCUUUGCACAGUUGUGAGAGGCACCGCAUAGGGAGCACCCCAGAGCAGCCAGCCCGCAAUCACCUGGAUGAUGAUGGGAUGCCAUUGUAUGUGGAUGCUAUCCAGCAAAGACUGAGACAAAUGGAAAGUGGCCACCAACAAGAAGUUGAAACCUUGAAGAAACAAGUACAGGAGCUACGUUGUCGACUUGAGAGCCAUUUACACAACAGCUCUCUGCGUUUCAAUGGGGAAUAUACAGAUGAGACCUCAAUUCCUGACUCUGAAUGCAAUCGGGACCCUAGCUGUUUGUCGGGCCGCAGCACAGAGCCUUUCUCUGAGGCCAGCUGGGAGCAGCUAGACAAGAGGGACAAUGAUAUGACAAGAUGGCUGCCAGAUCAUCUAGCAGCAAACUGUUAUAACUGCGAUGGCAAGUUUUGGUUGGCGAGUCGAAAACACCAUUGUAGGAAUACAGAUGCCAUGACUGAAACGUGGAACUGUGGCAACGUUUUCUGCUCGAGCUGUUGCAAUCAGAAGGUCCCUGUUCCAAGUCAGCAACUUUUUGAGCCGAGUCGAGUGUGCAAGUCAUGUUACAGCAAUCUUCACUCCAGCCUGGAACUGGAAAAUCCCAUUACUGCUACUUCUAACUAGGCAAUCAACCUUCCGCAGAGAAUGAGUGAGGCCAGCCAUGUAUGAAUCUGCUGAAAGGAGCAAGUUUAACAUUGGGCGACAAGUUACCAAUUUUAGGGACUGCCCUGUUUAUCUACGCCACUCUACGUACUUUCAUUUCUGUUUCUAUAGGAGCAGUGUUUGGGUCUUGAUGGAUAAAAAUCCUGUGCUUUCAAGUCUAGGACACUUCAGGAGAUCAGAACAUCAUUUCUUGAAGGACUGAGCACAUCAAUCUAUAAGUGCAAUGCACUCUUAUUAAGGCUGAAAUAUGGCAUGUUUGCACCUUUACUCCACAUUAUGGAACACAUGUAGAUGUUAUGCAGUUAUAGUAGGGGUAUGACACAUUAAGUGUGAAGCAAAAUUUUUUUUUGUUUUUGUUUUUUUAUGUUGAUCCCCUUGGUACUCAGGACAGAGACUCAUAAACAUGGGCUGUGGUGAAAUAAGGCACUGCAUAUAGGGCUUGUAUAUUAUAAAGAAAAUACUGACAGUACACAAAUGGUAAAAGUAAACACUGGCUGCACAAUAGGUGCAUCAAAGCCUGAUGCAUUUUAUUGCAUGGUCAUCUCAGUUCUCCAAGUUGUGUGCUGCCACUUUCUUUAUAGGGUUUAGUGAACCUUCCAUGUAGUCACAGCCAAGUUGUAGUCACUAUAAUAAUCUGACCAGCAUUGGGAAAGUAGCUAUGUCUGAACUCCAUUAACCAAGUGAAACAGUCCUCAAGGAAAUCUUUUCUAAGUGGAAUAUAGAGGCUGCCAUUGCUGACUUCUCAUAUUGCAAAUGCUAGUUGCCUAGCUGUCAUUCUGACCCUUUGGCUUGUUAUAUAUCCAUUCAUGAAUUCAGAACAAGGUAUGUAGAUAAGAAGUUCCAAUUUUACUCCGAUUCUUCUUGUAUGCAUGCUUUCUCCGGGUCAGCAACUCAAACUAUUGAAGCAAGUGGGUCAAAAUAACAGCCAUGCAACUGGAAUUUUCAAAGGGAAUUCACAAUUUGUCUCUUAGGAAGGUUUUAACUUGCAUCUGUUUUAAGGUAUUGUGCAUCUCUAAUAUAGCUAGCCUACCUCCACCCCAGUCUGAGGCGUCUGGUCCUGAACCUGUGUUUUGAAAAGCUCUGAAAUGCAGCAAAAGGCUCCUCCCUCUGUAUGUACUGUAGACAUUGUAUGAUGAAUACAAUUUACCAGACCUACUGUCUACUUUCUUGCAGCCUUCUUAAAGAAUACCUCUGCAUUCGCUACACAUUGCUCUGAACAUGGGUUCAACCUAAGCCUGUGUGUAUUUGUUCAUCCAAAAGCUGCAACAGAAGGCAUGUGAUAUAGGAGGCGGCUAACUGGAGGCCUUCUUGCCCUGGAGUCAUUCUGCAGGCCUUCACAUUUUUAAUCCCAUUUUGUUUUCAGCUAAUUUUGUAAGCUAGCGGCUAAGAGUAUUACCCCAAGUGGGAGUUUUAAUAAUAAGCUGUUGAUUCUCCCCCCCCCCCCCCCCUUCCCAGUUAUUGUGCUAUCCUGCAGAGACUGAGUGUUAUGCUGCAAGAAUGUUUAAGCACCUUUUAAAAUAGGCUCCACAAGGUGCUAAGAAUAGGUUAUCACAGACUACUUCUUAAGUAACCCUUAAUCUAAUUUUGUUUUUUUUCUACUCCCUCUCCUAGUACUUGAGAGCACCAUGGGUUACAGUCAAUGAAAAUUGUAUGUUAUCCAGUGUAAAGCCUAAAAUAUUUUCCCAAUUUUUUUUUUUAAGUACUGUGUAACUGAUGCCAUGAUGAAAAGUAUUUGAAAAGGCUUAAAACAAUUUAAAGGAUGUGUUAGGACAAUUUAUUUUGCACUUCAUUAUUUUUGUAUAAAUAUUUAUUUUUUUUUCUCUUAUUUUUUACCCACUCGAGUGCACUUAAUUAGCAAACCCGUGUUGUGAUGUGCCCUGGGAGGCACCUGCAGGGGAUGGGAGGGCUAAUGAAUUAAGUGGGGCAGUAAGAUGAUGAUUUUUCUAUUGCAGUGCAACAGAACCCCAGUACAGAAGCCCUUCAGCAAACACAGGGCUAUGAAUGACCAGAAGAUGUGCUCAAAGUAGCUUGAACAACAAACUUUGAUAUAAGGUAGUUCACCUUCCUGAGAACUUGGCAUUUUAGGUUCAGCAUG